UAUGCUAGUUUAAGUAAUAAAGAAUCGUAUCCAUUCUGAAAGAAAUAAUUAUCUUAUUAAGCUGUUAUACUUUUGAGUUUUCAGUGUGUUUUGUUUAUAAAUUUCAGAGUUAACUCUAAAUCAGCGAUAUCUCUCGUUCAUAUUUGAAAAAGAGAUGACAGAGUUUUGGUUUUAUUUCAUUGAUUGUCAGCGCUCACUUGAGGUCGUAAUGAUUGAAAUUAAGUCUUCAAGUUUACUUACUACCUCUAUGAAGUGCUAUGUCUCUGAUGUGCCUAUGCGUUACGGUUUUGUAUGUAAGACUGAUAAUACCACUCUUCCUGGGAAAAUAUAUUUCAGGAGAACCCAUGGCCGGUUUUUCUUAUUUGAAUUGAGUACAUACAUCGGCAAUAUGUCAUUUAAGGUUUACACAGCGAGUAUAGAAGAACAAAAUGGUGAGCCAUGUUUAGAAAGUAUUGAUGUAGACGACGAACAUACCGCAGGUAGUCAGAUUACUGUUUCCUCUGCGCAUCCAAAACAAAUACUGUCAAGAUUCAACGACAGUUUAACAAGUUGGAUUCACGACUUUACAGACAUGACACCUUGGAUUUUGGUGGAUUUAUUCACUUUAACAACAAUAGAAGGAAUCGGUAUUUAUUUUCCAAAAGAUUGGGAUACGUGGACGGCAUUUAGUUUCUAUUAUGGCACGAGUAAGGACGAACUACAGCUUUACAAGGACAUGGAAUUUAGAAUGUCCCCAUCGUACUUAUUACGACAUCCUAUGAAAAUGUUCACUUUUCCGAGACCAAUCAAAACAACAUACGUUAAAUUCAAUAAAGUACUUGAAAAUCCAGCAAACAAAUCUAGAUGUCUUACUUUCAAAUUGUUCGGCUGUAAAUUGACACGUAUCACUGACAUCAACAGUGGCAGUUUAUCUGAACUGGUGCCUCUAAAACAAGAAUUGCGAUCUGGAGAUUCAUAUCUUAUUGGAAAUAUAAGUGUUGAGGAGUGUAAAAGUCUUUGUAGUUCGGACAAAAGUUGUAGCGUUGCCAAUAUCAAUGAAGAUAGACUUUGUCAGCACUACAAGUGUAGUCAACUUGGAAUAUGGAAACAUUCUAUGAUAGCCAAUGGUAGUCAAUGGUUUACAAAACUACACAACUAUGUACAUCUGAUGGUAUUUCCGAGAGCGAACAACCCGGAUGGAUCGUUUUUUGGAAACGUACAGUACGUUCAUACAGACUCCAUAAUAGCCUCAUUAAGUUACCCCUUUAAAACAAUAUUGGAUAGAGAUAUACAAUGGAUUGUAAAUUUUGAGCCACGUCAAUUUGCUAAACUAGUUUUCACUAACCUAACAUUAUCUGAGUGUGCACUUAUUGUUAAAACAUCACAAGAAAGCAACAGCAUAUUCGCCAUAGAUGAUCUUUUUAACGAAGAAGUAUUUGUAAUAGAAACAAACAAAAAUCUGUUGUUUUUAUCAACUAUUUCCAAGACGAUAUUGUCACCUACAAUCAAAUUCCGGGCAAUUGUUACCGCUGAAGAUAAGCGAAUUUGGAGAUCAGGAUUUGCUAUCAAGGAUGCCGAUGGAGAGCACGAGUUUUGUUCAACAUUUCCACCGCCAGAAACAUACAAAUCAAAAAGUUCAGAGAUUAAUAUAUAUUUUCGAGUUUUGCAUGGAGUACAACUUAAUUUUGGAUUAGUCAGGGGGCAAGAUGAAGGAUUUCGAAUACAGUAUAGAAUAUCAGACCAUUCUCUUCAAAGGUACACAAAUGACGAAGAAGAAUAUGGGUCAUCAGGCGUGUAUGCCUGUUCAGAGCGUUUCCGAAAGUGCUAUACAGUAUUUUCUAAAGAGGUUUCAUGGGACAUAGCUAACACUGAAUGCAUUGAGCACAAUGAACAUCUUGUUACCGUAACAUCAAGCAACGAAAUGAAUUACGUCCAAUACUUACUACGAAGUAGGUUAUAUCAGCAAAAUAGGACGGAAGAGAAUGAAGCUGCUGAUAAACAGAAAUUUCUUGGAGCACAUAUUG